UUUGAGAAAAAACGCAUUGUUCUACUGCGCUUGCGCAGCUGUCAGUCGGACAAGAUGGCGACGAGCAAUGGUGGUGGAAUGGAAGUGGAUGGGGCAGCCAGCCCCAGUGUUAUGGCCUCUGGGGUCACCGGGAGUGUCUCUGUUGCCCUGCAUCCUCUAGUCAUCCUCAACAUCUCAGACCACUGGAUUCGCAUCCGCUCCCAGGAGGGGCGGCCCAUGCAGGUGAUUGGCGCCCUGAUCGGGAAGCAGGAGGGUAGAAACAUUGAGGUGAUGAACUCCUUUGAGCUGCUUCAUCAAUUGGUAGAUGACCGAGCACACAUUGACAAGGAGUACUACUACACCAAGGAGGAGCAAUUCAAACAGGUUUUCAAGGACAUGGAAUUCCUCGGCUGGUAUACCACAGGUGGUCCUUGUGACCAAUCAGACAUCCACAUUCACAAGCAGGUGUGUGAGAUCAUUGAGAGUCCUCUCUUCCUCAAGCUAAACCCAAUGACCAAACACACAGAUCUCCCUGUCAAUGUGUACGAGUCUGUCAUCGACAUCAUCAACGGAGAGGCGACCAUGUUGUUUGCUGAGCUGGGGUACACUCUGGCCACAGAAGAGGCGGAACGAAUCGGAGUGGACCACGUGGCUCGCAUGACAGCCACAGGCACGGGGGAGAAUUCAACAGUGGCAGAACAUCUCAUAGCCCAACACAGUGCAAUUAAGAUGCUACACAGCAGGGUUAAAGUCAUCCUGGAAUACGUCAAAGCAGUGGAAGCAGGAGAGGUGCCAUUUAACCACGAGAUCCUCAGAGAAGCCAACGCCUUGUGCCAUAGACUGCCUGUUCUCAGCACCAUCAAAUUCAAGACUGACUUCUACGAUCAAUGCAAUGAUGUGGGCCUCAUGGCUUACCUAGGUACCAUCACUAAGACCUGCAACAGCAUGAACCAGUUCAUCAACAAGUUCAACGUCUUGUACGAUAGACAGGGCAUCGGCCGGAGGAUGAGAGGACUGUUCUUUUGAGCGACACAGAGAGAGAGUACGUGAAAGAAGAGAUGAAGAGGUCACAAGCACUGCAAAUUUUCAUUUGCUUGUCUGUAUUUUAUGUUAACAGUUGUGACACACACUUGGAUACCAGUGAGCGUUCAGUUCUAAUCCAACCAGUUUACUGCUUUCAAAGGUAGCAAAUGCUAGAAGUGUCUCAAAGGCCACUUGUCUAUACCAUAAAAUCACACACAGAAACAGGAAGAAAACUCAUUCUCACUCACAGUUUAAGAUUUGUGAGUAUGCACAUUAACAAAUCCAUGUACACGAACAGAAAUACAAAUUUUCCUUUUGCUUUGUUUUGUUCCAUGUUUCUGUAAGUAAUAAAUAAUCUGUCUGAUUUUU